AUGCCGCAGAUGCUCAAUGGGGAUGGUAGUCGCGAUUUGCGCUUCAGUCGAUUCGAGACGCCAUCGUUUGGACCUUGGCAGACUCUCACAAAUCGGCACUCGAACUACUACGAAGGCAAUAAUGCUCCUAGCGCAUCUGGAGUAUAUCAAAUUGCAACAACAACUGGACUAGGCAGACCGAAUAUUCGAUACUCUGGUAUGUCUAACGAUGUUCAUUCAAGAGUAAACGAUCACGGGCGAGCAAAUGGUGAUAAUCUAGAUAUUCAAUUUAAUCAAGCUCGAAAUCGAGGUAUAAGCACGAUGGUUCGUGCUUCAGCUUCGAGUAGCGCUUAUGAAGCAAGAGCUCAAGAAUUACAAGCAUUAGACUCUAGAAAUUUCAGUUGGAAUCAUUAUAACAACGGUGGGAUAGACGGUGAACCUGUUGUCAGAAAGAUUACACGCUCACCUCUGUCCUUCGUCACAAUUGGCGAUAUUAUUCAAGUUAAAUUUGAAAAUAGACAUUACAAAGGAAAAACGAAAGCUACAUCUGAUAAGACAAAAGAAUUAAAAAGGUACAUUUCGCGAAUGGAAUAUGGUCCCGUCAAAACACUAACGAGGGAAUAUAUUUAG